AUGCUGACUUGCUGGCCUUCAGGAUUCCCCGAUCCCUUUGCGGUAGCAACCAUCAAUGGCGAGCAAACCAAGACAACACAGGUUUCCAAGCGGACACUGAACCCAUAUUGGAAUGAAAGCUUUGAUUUCAAGGUGAACGAGGACAGCAUCCUCGCCGUGCAAGUGUUCGACCAGAAGAAAUUCAAGAAGAAGGAUCAGGGCUUCCUAGGGGUGAUUAAUAUUCGCGUUGGGGAUGUUAUCGAGCUCAGUCCCGAAUCUGAUGACCAGAUGCUCACGCGUGACCUUAAGAAGUCCACAGACAACCUUGUGGUGCACGGCAAGCUUAUUAUAAACCUGUCUACUAACAUGACAGCUCCCGCACGUGCUCAGCAGCAACAAGCUCUUUUACCAUCGGCUCCGUCGUCCAGCAGACCAUCGCUCCUCAAUCCUGCAACCCCUAAUCUUUCCAACGGGGAAGCUUCUUCAGAACGACCAUCUUCAGCCAUGUCACGCCCCAACGGCGGCUCCAGCGCGGCUGGGCAACUAGCUAUCCCCCAUCGUCCCGCAAGUCUUGCGUCGAACCCUUCAGCUGCCACUCCUGCUUCGAACGGUCCUGUCACGAACGGUGCCGUCGCCCAAGCCCGACAAACAAAUAGCACGCUGAGCCCGUUUGAAGACUCGCAAGGCCGUCUGCCAGCAGGCUGGGAACGUCGCGAGGACAACCUGGGGAGAACCUACUAUGUUGAUCACAAUACGCGAACGACGAGCUGGAACAGACCGACGGGGGCGACGGGAGCUGCCGAGAACCGGGUGGCCGAGGCGAAUACCCAAGUGGAAAGACAGAGACACCAGAACCGCACGCUCCCCGAAGAUCGAACUGGUGCCAACUCGCCAACACUUCAACAACAGCAGGCACAGCAAGCAGCCGCCUCGCAAGCCAAUGCCACCACCAUGAUGAACACCGGGGCUACAACGGCCGGUAGCGGCGAGCUUCCACCUGGCUGGGAGCAGAGGUGGACACCCGAAGGCAGAGCUUACUUUGUCGACCACAACACACGCACAACGACGUGGGUCGACCCGCGACGCCAGCAGUACAUAAGGAUGUAUGGCGGCAAUAACGACAACGGAAGAAUCCAGCAGCAGCCAGUGUCACAGCUUGGCCCCUUGCCCAGCGGAUGGGAGAUGCGCCUGACUAACACAGCUCGCGUCUACUUUGUGGACCACAACACCAAGACAACCACCUGGGAUGACCCAAGGUUGCCGUCGUCGCUCGACCAGAACGUGCCGCAGUACAAGCGUGAUUUCAGGAGGAAGCUGAUUUACUUCCGGUCUCAGCCCGCCAUGCGAAUCCUCUCCGGGCAAUGCCACAUCAAGGUUAGACGCUCGCACAUCUUUGAGGACUCGUUCGCCGAGAUUAGUCGCCAGUCAGCCACGGACCUGAAGAAGAGACUGAUGAUCAAAUUCGACGGCGAAGACGGUCUGGAUUAUGGUGGUCUGUCGAGAGAGUUCUUCUUCCUCUUGUCGCACGAGAUGUUCAACCCGUUCUAUUGCUUGUUCGAGUACUCGGCGCACGACAACUACACGCUGCAGAUCAACCCGCACUCGGGCAUCAAUCCCGAGCACCUGAACUAUUUCAAGUUUAUUGGCCGUGUUGUCGGUCUUGCCAUUUUCCACCGCAGAUUCCUCGACGCCUUCUUCAUCGGAGCGCUGUACAAGAUGGUGCUUGGCAAGGCAGUGGUGCUGGCUGACAUGGAAGGUGUCGACGCUGACUUCCACCGGUCGCUGCAGUGGAUUCUGGACAACGACAUCACGGAUGCCGGGCUGGAGAUGACUUUCUCUACUGAAGACGAGCGCUUCGGCGUGAUUGCUGUCGAGGACCUCAAGCCCAACGGGCGCAACAUUGACGUGACGGAAGAGAACAAGAAGGAAUAUGUCGACCUGAUGGUCAAGUGGAGGAUCGAAAAGAGAAUUGCGGAGCAGUUCCAGGCGUUCAAGGAGGGGUUCCAGGAGCUUAUUCCUCAUGAUCUGAUCAAUGUCUUUGACGAGAGGGAGCUGGAGCUGCUGAUUGGCGGUAUUGCCGAGAUUGACGUGGACGACUGGAAGAAGCACACCGAUUACAGGGGAUACACCGAGAGCGACGAGGUGAUUCAGUUCUUUUGGCAGACGGUGAGGAGCUGGGACGGGGAGCAGAAGAGCAGGCUGCUGCAGUUCACGACGGGCACGUCGAGGAUUCCGGUGAACGGGUUCAAGGAUCUGCAGGGGAGUGAUGGGCCGAGAAGGUUCACUAUUGAGAAGGCGGGAGAGAUUACGAAUUUGCCAAAGGCGCAUACUUGCUUCAACCGUUUGGAUCUUCCGCCGUACAAGGAUCUGGCGAUGUUGCAGAACAAGUUGACGAUUGCGGUGGAGGAGACGAUGGGUUUCGGACAGGAGUAA